AUGGCCAACCUAACCGAGCAGGGUCUUGGCAUUAGCUUUUCGCAACCAAAUUGUGAGCAAAUAGAUUCUGCCCUCUUCAAAGAUCGAGAAAGGAUUAGCAGCACAGAUCUUCCGGACCUAUUGAAAGACUGUGGAGACCCGAUCUGCAGCUAUCACAACGUCAAACGAACAGUCCACUUACUAGGAAUCGAGAACGUGGCUACAAAAACGGCUGAAGAGACACUGAAUGCUGAUAAUGAGAUAGACUCAAAGUCGAUCCUCGCAGCAAAUCCAUACAAGCAGACACCAGAGACCACGUACCAGCGGCGAGUACUUUGUGCACCUACCAAGCCACUUAGACACUCUGCCCAAACACUGGAAAACGCUGUUAGGGAGCUGUGGGACGCUCCCGAAUCGAUGAAAAUACCAGUCACUUUUCACGAACCGUGGAUUUCAACCGAAGACCAGUGCGAUAGUAUUGACGAGAUGAUUGCAAACGCAGCAAGUACCACUGACGAAUUUUUCACCCCACUAGAAAGCUUCUUCCCGGAUCAUUUUGCUAUAAAGAUGUCCGAAGGUGAUGCUGACAAAGCUCCAGGGAGUCACAUGUUCGACAUAGACGAUGAGGAUAAGGAAGUGGACAUUAGCGAGCCAACAAUUGGCUUUGCAGAGAUCGCAGAGGCGCACCAUAUCGAAUAUGUUUCCAAAGGUAUGGCAAAAGAAAUAGAUGUCUGCAAUGAUGAGACUAGUAAAGCAUUGAACAAUGAUCUUCUCAUCAAGGCGAACAACGACAUUAUGCCCUUUCAAACACAACAGCUCACUGAGGCCGCGCUCGCACGCUCUAGAAUGGUUUCCCUCAAUACACCAGGUCCGAUGAUAUUCUCAUUCAUGGUUAUUAGUCUCGACGACUUACCAUCAGACCACUGUGGUUUAUGCGGUAAGAGAUACAGCAUCAUUGUAUCGCGAGACGAUCCUGACAGGGCCGGUACUUCCGCAUGUGGCCAUGUUCGAUGCGUGGCCUGUAUUGUCUCUCGUAUGAAUGCCGUUGGACAAGGACGAGCAGAAUCUCCCUGUGCGGAGUGUGAUGGCAAUUUUACUCCAGGACAGAUCGGUGUACCCAUCGGCGUACCCUUCACACAACAAGGCGUAGACGCAGAACAGAGCUGGCGAGAACCGAACUUUCGAAGGCAGAUGCGUCCAUAUACUAGACAAGACAACAAGAGUUUUCCCCAGGGCCUGCACAGGAAUCUGAGCCUGACGGCCAAAAGUACCCCUACGUCGGACCUUAACGUCACAUUUGCGAGGGCCACUGGGCCGGCGCUACCCAAUCAUAAGGCUAUCGAGGCUUUACGUAGCUCUUGGAUACCAGAUCGGCAGCUUGAGUCUUCGGGUGAAAGCAGUCGACCUCAGAAACGACGCCAACAUCAGAUCGCAGAUAGCGAGAGCGAAGGCAUGCUGAGUUCUCCCGUCGAAAACUUAAGUGGUCGAUUCGCUGGCGGGCUGCAAAUCUUUCCUAGUGAGUCAAAAACCAUUCAGCCUCCUCGAAAGCGACGCAAUACUCAGAGCACGGUGACCGAGACCAUGAAUUCUCCUUUGCAAGAUUCUCCAUACCAGCCUCUACCCCAAGGCUACACGACGAACUUGCAGAAUAAUCGACUACCGCCGAUUCCAAUCAAGGAGCAAGGAUUUAGAGCCAAGGAUAGACUACCGCCGAUUCGAAUUCCGCCAAUUUCACUCAAUGAGGAUCUUGAAGCCAAGAAUAGACUACCGCCGAUUCGACUAACACCAAUCUCACUUACUCAGGAAGGUCUUAGAGCGAAGAAUACUACGGGCGAAAGCAAGCAUGAGCACCACGUUCCUCCUUCCAGCCUGUUUCUGCCAAUCAACUCCAAAGAUGGAAAGACAGUCGAUCCGAAUUUCGUCAACAAUUUUGGGAAAGCCACUGAGCCCUUCCACUCUCCAAAAGGUGCUAAGCCAAAGGAUAAAACAACGAGUUCACCAAAAAUCCACCAGUCAAAGCUGAAGGCCGGUUUGAAACGAUAUAACAAAGCAAACAACGUGAAUUACACCUUGGAAGAGUUGGAAGCAGCAGUCAUUUUGACACAAUCCAGCAAGAGCCCGGCGAAUCUUUUUGACAUCUUGAAUGAGUAUUAUCCUGUGUACGAACGAACAAGCCCUAUGUCGCCAGACUUACAAAGAAAGUAG